AAUAAUUCAAUAUCUUUUUCUUAGUAAUAAAAGCUUAGAGCGCGGCAGUCUUCGUUUGCUUGAGAGUAAGAGAAAAAAACAGAGAAUUUGAUGAGAGAUUUAGAGAAAGAAGAGUACUUUGGAAUCGGAAAAUGUGGAGUCCACCGGACAUUUUGGGCGAUAAAUUUGAUUGUCUGAAUUUUACUCUCACAAUUUCCGCAUUUUUAGCUUCCUUUAGAUUUCGAUUUUAAAAUUUUUGAAAAAAAUAAAUGAAAUUGUUUCUUAAUUUACUGAUCUGAUCUACUGGUUAUGAGAAAAAUCCGAAUAUUCCAGAUACUCUUCCUUUUCUCUCCUUGUUAACCCUUUGCUCUUUAUAGCUUUUACUGUAUCUGUAUUUUGUGUACAUUUUUGUGUAAAUAAGAUCCAUAUUAUAUAGAUUUGUUUGCUGAAUUAUGGGUUUUUUUGUACAUUUAUUUAUUAAUUUUAUCUCCAUAUAAGUUGCAGAUCUUGACUUGAUGACCUAUAAGAUUUCAUGUAACGUACAAAUGGGGAACUGGUUUUUUUUCUCUUCUCCUUGAAUUUGGCUUCUUUCUGUAUUUUCUUUGAAUAUUUCCAUUUGGGGUUUUCUUUCCAAAACCCUUAAGAAUCAAGAUUAAUUGUAUUGUUUAAAGAAUUAAUAUGGUUAUAAUGUGGUGGAUUGAUUCAAUGUCUAUAUAUAUUUUCCCUUGUAGGUUUUACUUUUAAGUAGUAGUAGUAGUGUAUAGCUUUUUUCUUGAUCUAUGAUGCCGAGGACGAUAAUGGAGAUAGAGGAACAUACCCGUAAGUGUAGUAAUAGUAGUGGUGGUUGUGGGGGUGGGGGUGGUGGGGGUUCGAGUUGUAGUGGUGGUGGUGGUGCUACGAGUAGAGCAUCGAAAAAAGUGAAGCAGAAAAAAAUCCCACAAAGAGGGCUUGGUGUUGCUCAACUUGAAAGGAUUAGAAUGGAAGGGGAAGAACAACAAAAAAAAGAUGCAAAUUUUCAAACACCUAAUGUUUUGGUACCAAAUUCAGUCCAUUCCACCAAAAUUAUGUCCAAAUGCUUAGCAGUUGAAGGUUCUACUUUUAGGCCUAGUUCAAUUCCUUUACCACCGACAUCAACAAUGGAUCUGCAUUCGAAACAUAGUGUCUUUAGACCAAAUCUGUCUGCCCUAGUUCUUGAUGGUUUCCGCCUGAAGACUUUACAAUCAUCAAAACCAAUGAACAUGAGUGGAGGGGAGUUAAGUUGGUCGUCUGUUUCGGGUCCAGGGAGUGAUAAAUGUCCUAAAUUGUGGAGUUGUGAGUACAGUCCUGAAAGAGAAAGCCAACAGGGAAAUCGCCAUGGUGUUGCUUUCGGGGCUAAUGUAGAUUUGCCUAAUGAACUGCAUAACCCCAUUUUGCCUCUACCCAGUGUGCUGCAAAGAUCACAACAAUAUCAGCAACCUUCUUGUUCUUCAUCAAUGAUGAAUAUCUCAUCAGGGAUUUCAUCAUCAUCUGUACUAAAUUAUCAGAUGGAGCCCCCUUCAAACCAAAAUUAUUAUUCGUGUAAUUAUUUACCUCUGUGGCCUGAAGAUGUGAAGAUGGUUGGCAUGAAGAGACCAUAUCCCUUCUCUCCAGAGUUUCCACCAGUCCCUGCAUUUCACUGCAAGUUUCCUCCAGGCUAUGUUAGCCUUGCAUCCAGAUCACCUGAAUCAGCUUCCUGCAGCAAUGAAUGUGCAGCUAGUUUAGAAUCAGGAAGUCUGCUCAAAAGAGAAGCUCCUUCGGGAUCACGGACUCUAUCUGAGUCCAAACCAAGGAACGUUGUCAGACAAAAUAAAGCUCUCAAUGGAGAUUUUCUCACGUUGGCUCCUCCUACAGCCAUUUAUUCAUAUCAGCAUUCAUCUGAUUCAACCCUUCAGAGUCGAGAGAUACUUCCAUUGGAAUCAGUGACCUGUCAGGGAGUUGCUGAAGAACCUACUACAACAAGCUCAGCCCUAAGCAGAUCAGUUCAACAACCCAUCUAUGGAUUCUUCCCAACUGCCAAGGUACAAAUCAGCCAAGAAGGAACAAACAAGCGCAACUGCCACGUUGAAGUAGGAGGAAACGUUGAUCUCAAUUUGAAGCUGUAGAAGUUAGUCCAUUACACUUGGUUGUGCUUCUUCUGGAGAGUUUCUGUAUAUCUCCUCGUGAGAUGGCUCGUUCAAGUCCUAAGGUGUUUCUGCAGGGCUGUCGUUCCUCUAUGUGGUAGAAUAACGUUCCUUCUAAUGAAAUGUCUUCACCAUUUGUAGUUAAGCCUCAAAUGUAAGUCUGAACAUGAAAAGUAUGCCAAGAUCUUGGCCUCAUACAGGAGAGGGAUGGAUUAACCUUCGGUUCCAUGAUGAUGACAAGUGAGAUUUUGAUGAGAUUUUUCAACUAGGACAUCUGGAUUCGGUCUUUCUGGUACCAUUGGUUCGUAGGUCUUAACUUCUGUAAACUGUUACUCUCUUAUGCGUGGCGAGUUGGAUUCUUUUGGCUAUAAACUUUCACAUGUCUUGUGUUCCACAAGGCUAGUGAAAUGGGGAGAAUUCUGGCAAUAGUAACUUGUUUAAAUCAAGUAUUGAACAAAAUAUGUUUUGCACUUGCUGUGUCUCUAUCUGUUUAUUAGAUCAGUCUAGGCAGAAUAUUAAGUGCCUAAAUGCUUCAGCCUUGCCUU